ACUUCGUUUAUUCCUUUUGCAAUCAUCUCGGGUUUCUUUGCCGCUUUGUCUUCUGUUUUUGCAAAGCUUUUUUCAGAUGAACGCACCGAAUUGUUUCUCAGUUCCAUUGCCGAUCAACUGGACCUUGUGCCUGAAAAGUCCUCGUUUUUAGUAGCAAGAGGUGUAUGCUUCGCGCUUAUAUUUGCGUGUAAUUCAAUUAUGUGGACCACCUUUACAAAGGCAUUAAAUGCAGCCCCUUCUUCUGUACAGGUAUCCAUUGUCAAUGGUGCUGUCAACUUUAGUGCUUCCGCAAUUUUGGGUUACUUAGUAUUUAAUGAGCCUUUAGCUUUAAGAUGGUGGAUUGGUGCCAGUUUUAUUUUAGCAGGCACGAUCUUGUUA